AUGGCUAUCACAUUGCAAACAGUGCUGCCGCAGAAGAUACUGCCUCGAGCACCGAGUCCAAAUGCAACCUCACCUAAUCCUGGCGUUCGCUCUACCAUCACACAGUUCAUUCCAGCUUCUCCGGAUGCUAGUCUAGAUCAAGGAUCGCCCGCAAACCCGACACACGGACCGGUUCUUAGUGGUGUGGCCUUUCCGAGCAGCAGCAGGACCAACCUCACGCGAGUCGCUAGCAACAGCUUUCAGGGUGGAAAGGAUGGGGGCGAAAUCUUAGCCCUGUCCAACAGCUCAGUGCAAGCUGCAAUGUCGCCAAGGAUGUCAAUGUCAGCCGGCGCCGGCUCAAGGCGCGGCAUAGCACACAGCCGUCGGGUCCUCGGUGUAGACAAGGAUACAACCGAAGCGUUCGCGCUUUCGCAGCUCACGAACGGCAAAGUUGAUGUCUCGUUCGAAGGCACUUUGGCUGAGUGCACACCGUCAUCGUCUUCCCAGAGCAUGCGCAAAGGCAAGGGAAAAGCAUGGGACGAAGGUGGUGACAGUGACAAAUAUCAGAAUGGACAUCCACCUUUAUUUGACAUCGAUCUCGAGUCAAGACAGCAAGCAGGAUCAAGCUCUUUCAGCAUCUCGCGUGCCGGCCGGCUAUUGCAGAUGGGGACCAAUUCGAUGCCUUGGAAUAAGUCGAAGAGCAACGACACUGUUCCUGCCUACGAGGAAGGAGCGGCAAACGCUAUUGCCACACCUCCGGCCGACUCUCGCGAUGACUCGCUCGACUUUUUCCGCUCACCAAAGGUCUCUACUGGUCACAAAUCAAACUACAGCGCUGGCCACGGUGGAGAGGAGGACGACUACCACACGGAGUUGGGCGCCUUUGACGAAGACCGCGAGCAGCUCCUCUACCCUGAUGCUGAAGAUGAUGCAGGUCAACCGGGCUAUUUCGCCUCCGGGGAUCGACAUUUGGGCUACAAUUCGCUGCAAGGCAGCGUGGGGAUAGGCGGCUACGGAGGUGCGGUCGGAUUUGAGCCGUUGACCUGGGCUGAAGGUGGCUGGAUGCUGCUCAGCAGCCUGUUUGUUGUAGUGCUGAUAGUUGUGGCCAUCUUGAUCAGCAUCGAUGUGAUCGACUGGCCUGGUGAUGGAAUAGGCAAGAACUGA